AUGGAGUACUUAAGUGACAAAAACCUUGAAGAGUAUAUUACAAAUAAGAAAGAUAUUAAUGAAGAUCAAGUUCGUGUGUGGUUUUCUGAAAUGAUCCUUACUCUUUUGUACUUAGAUUCAAGUUUCCAAGUUUGUCACAAUUAUUUGGAAGCAUCUAACUUUAGCCUUUCUAAUAAUGGACAUCUUAAGCUGUUUGACUUCGAAAACUGUCAGUUUCUCGAUACAGCGAUGAAUUCUCAAGUUAAGAAAUGCCAUCCAUUCUAUCUUUCACCGGAAGAAAUUAAAAAUGAGACAAAUCCAUUCACUUUAACAGUUUGGCGUUGUGGAAUCAUUCUAUAUCGUUUGUUAACCGGCAAUUUCCCAUUCGAAGAUGAUAGUAAAAGCGAGUUGUUUACAAAUAUCCUUUCAAUGAAGCCGAUCAUUCCCUCACAAAUUUCAAAUGAUGCGAAGUCACUAUUAAAACGCAUGUUAACCAAAGACCCAUAUGAGAGAAUUACACUUGAAGAGAUUGUAGAGCAUCCUUUCUUUUCCAAAAUCCAAGUUAACAUUCCUCAGCCAACAGAUACCCAUAUUAAGAGCGAUAUCAUCAAGCAGCUUGAGGGAUCGGGCUACAACAAAGCUACUGUUAUUGCAGAUUUGAAAGCCAAACUCUUCACAGAAAAAACAGCAGCUUAUAAUAUCUUAUUAAUUGAAGGAAUUUAUGGAGAUGAUUCGGAGAUAAGUUCGGGAAGUGAUGAUGCUCCUGUUCCAAAAUCUGCGGCUCAAUUCCAGAAGAUUACUCAGCCAAAGAAUUUGUUACUUAACAAAAUGAAGCUGAGGCCAGUAGUAUCUGGUCGUAGCAUUCCUAUUAUCCCUCAGAAGAAGUUCCGUCGUGCAAGUAGUUGCAAGACAGUCAUGGACUAUUUUUAUCAGAAAGAAAAAUUGUAA